UCACCCAGACUGAUACAAAGUAAACUAGAAAUCCUUUUAGAGCGGUCAGGGAGCGGAUUCCUGCCUCCAGUAACAGAUUAGCCAGGCACUUGGGGGAGGAAGACUUUGCCCGGCUGCAGAGCCGCUGGAGGAGGAGCGCACCAGCGAGGUGGCUGCGGAGCGCGCCCCGAGAGGCCCCGCUGCACCCUAGCGAGAAUGUGGAAUCUUCUUCACGAAACCAGCUCGAGCUUUGAUUCUCCGCGCCGCCCGAAAUGGUUAUGCGCCGGGGCGCUGGUGGUGGCCGUCGGCCUCUUUUUCCUUGGCUUCCUCUUCGGAUGGCUUAUAAAUUCCUCCAGUGAAGCUACCAACUUUGUUCCAGAGUAUAAUGUAAAGAGGAAAUUUUUUGAAGAAUUGAAAGCUGAAAACAUUAAGGAGUUUUUAUACAAUUUUACACGAAUACCACAUGUAGCAGGAACAGAACAAAACUUUAACCUUGCAAAGCAAAUUCAAUCCCAAUGGAAAGAAUUUGGCCUGGAUUCUGUUCAGUUAGCCCAUUAUGAUGUCCUGUUGUCCUACCCCAAUGAGACUCAUCCCAACUACAUCUCAAUAAUUGAUGAAGAUGGAAAUGAGAUUUUCAACACAUCAUUAUUUGAACCACCUCCACCAGGAUAUGAAAAUGUAUCAGAUAUUCUGCCACCUUACAAUGCUUUCUCUCCAACAGGAAUGCCAGAGGGUGAUCUAGUGUAUGUUAACUAUGCACGAACUGAAGACUUCUUUAAACUGGAGCGGGACAUGGAAAUCAAUUGUUCUGGAAAGAUUGUCAUUGCCAGAUAUGGAAAAAUUUUCAGAGGAAAUAAGGUUAAAAAUGCCCAGCUGGCAGGGGCCAAAGGAGUGAUUCUGUAUUCAGACCCAGCUGACUACUUUGCCCCUGGUGUUGGGGCCUAUCCACAGGGUUGGAAUCUUCCUGGAGGCGGUGUCCAGCAUGGGAAUAUCCUAAAUCUUAACGGUGCAGGGGACCCUCUCACACCAGGUUACCCAGCAAAUGAAUAUGCUUACAGAUUUGGAAUUGCAGAGGCUGUUGGUCUUCCAACUAUUCCUGUUCAUCCAAUUGGAUACCAUGAUGCACAGGAGCUCCUGCAAAAAAUGGGCGGAUCAGCGCCACCAGACAGCAGCUGGAGAGGAAGUCUCAGCGUGCCCUACAAUGUUGGACCUGGUUUUGUUGGGAACUUUUCAACACAACGAGUCAAGAUGCAUAUCCAUACUUAUAAUAAAGUGACAAGAAUAUACAAUGUGAUUGGAACUCUCAAAGGAUCAGUGGAACCAGACAGAUAUGUCAUUCUUGGAGGUCACCGUGACUCCUGGGGGUUUGGUGGCAUUGACCCUCAGAGUGGAGCCUCUGUUGUUCAUGAAAUUGUGAGGAGUUUUGGAAAACUGAGCAAAAAAGGAUGGAAGCCUAGAAGAACAAUUUUAUUUGCAAGCUGGGAUGCAGAAGAAUUUGGUCUUCUUGGUUCUACUGAGUGGGCAGAGGAGAAUUCCAAACUCCUGCAAGAGCGUGCUGUGGCCUAUAUUAAUGCUGAUUCUUCUAUAGAAGGAAACUAUACUUUGAGAGUUGACUGUACACCACUCAUGCAUAGAUUGGUAUACAACAUAGCAAAAGAGCUCCAAAGCCCGGAUAAAGACUUUGAAGGCAAAUCUCUUUAUGAGAGCUGGAAGGAAAAGAGUCCUUCACAGGAGUUUGAUAACAGGCCCAGGAUUAACAAGUUGGGAUCUGGUAAUGAUUUUGAAGUUUUUUUCCAAAGACUUGGCAUAGCUUCAGGCAGAGUACGUUACACCAAACAUUGGGCAACAAGCACAUUAAGUGGCUAUCCACUGUAUCACAGUAUCUAUGAAACAUAUGAAUUGGUGGAAAAGUUUUAUGAUCCAACGUUUAAGUAUCACCUCACUGUGGCAAAGUUUCGAGGAGGAAUGGUGUUUGAACUAGCCAAUUCCAUUGUGCUUCCUUUUGAUUGUAGAGAUUAUGCUAUACUUUUAAGAAAGCAUGCUGACCAAAUAUACAAUAUUUCAUUGAAACAUCCUCAAGAAAUGCAUAUGUACAGUGUAUCAUUUGAUUCACUCUUCUCUGCCAUAAAUAAUUUUACAGAAAUUGCUACUAAGUUCAGUGAGAAACUCCUACGUAUGGACAAAACCAAUCCAAUUUUAUUGAGAAUUAUGAAUGAUCAGCUAAUGUUUCUGGAAAGAGCAUUCAUUGAUCCUUUAGGAUUACCAGGCAGACCUUUCUAUAGGCAUGUCAUCUAUGCUCCAAGCAGCCACAACAAGUACUCAGGGAUGUCAUUCCCAGGAAUUGAUGAUGCUCUGUUUGAUAUUGAAAACAAAGUGGACCCUCCUAAGGCCUGGGGAGAAGUGAAGAGACAGAUUUCUAUUGCAGCCUUCACGGUGCAGGCUGCAGCAGAGACGCUGAGAGAAGUGGCCUAAGAGGGUGGGUUCUUCAGAGAUCCCAUAUCGAAUUGAUGAAUUAUUCAGAAAAAGCCAUCCUGGAUGCAUUAAUAAACUAAAAAUGAAGAUGGAUAUAUAUACAUUAAUCUUAGCAUUUAUUUUUCUUCUCCCUAUGGAUCAAAACAAUGGACAGUUUUUAUUCUAUAUUUAUAGAAGGCUAUUCUGAAAUUGAACUAGGUGUUAAAACUAAGGAGAACAGCCUAAUAUAAUAAAAUUCUUAUCUGGUAUAUGAAGGAAUCAAUUGGAAUAAAAUCCUUCCAAACUUAUUCAUGUCAUUUCACAUGUAGCAAAUAUCAGUAUGUGAUAGAGCACACUGGGGAAAAGCCUGCUCCAAGCCAGGGGCUCCUGGCCCUACCUGGCGUCCCAAGGCUGAGAGGGUCAAUAUCUUAGCUUGCUGGUUGGGAAGCCCUGGUCUAAUUACAUUUUUCAGUAAUUAGAAUCACUAUACCUUAAGGAAUAAUUAAGGUUUUUUUUUUUGCAAUUUUACUGAGAUAUAUUCAUACACCAUAUAAAUAAUCCAAAGUAUACAAUCAGUGGCUCACAGUAUUAUCACAAAGUUGAUAAUACAUCCCCAUGAUCAAUUUUAGAACAUUUGCAUUACUCCAGAAAAGAAAUAAGAAUAAAAAAUAAAACACAAAUCCUCCCUUAAGUCUUAUCCCCUCUUACUGUUGACCUAUAGUAUUGCUGUGGUACAUUUGUUACUGUCAGUGAAAGAAUAUUAAAAUACUACUAACUGUA